UAUGUGCUCCUGACGUUUUACACAAGCAACUUUUCGGAAAUGGCUUCAACACACGAGUUAAAAGAUGUGAUCAAAGAGACAUUGGAGAACCGAGGUGCGCUUGGUCAGAUAAAAGCCAGGAUCAGGGCAGAAGUGUUCAGUGCUCUAGAUGACCAGAGUGAAGUGAAACCACCUCUUAGUAAUGAAAAUAUGAUCAUCAAUGAACUAAUCAGAGAGUAUUUAGACUUCAACAAGUACAAGUAUUCAUCUUCUGUGUUGGUUACAGAAUCAGGACAACCUAAAACACCAUUAGACAGAGAAUUCUUGUCAAAGGAAUUAAAUAUCAAGGAAGAUUACAGGUCAAUGUCAGUACCUCUUUUGUAUGGCAUUAUAUCAAACUACCUUAAGGACAACCGUCCCACAUCACCUUCCAGACAAAGACCUCAUGGAGCAUUCCUACAGCAGCUAGAGAGUGAAAUGGAAAAUGAGCAACAGCCCUUUGUUGUAAUGGGAGGUAAAAGGUGAUACUGACACAGUACUAAAAUUAGGACUGAUCUGAUACGCCCUAUUCCUGUUGGAUGUGAUCACCCAUCUUAGUGAUGGGAGGUGUACUGAUAUUAGAGGGUAGAGAGAUGAGUUGUAGUGAUAGAGAGAUGUGAAGAUUGUAUAGGUAAUGUGAUGAUGCAUACAGGUUAUAAUAUGUAAAUAGAUUUGUAAGAUAUUUAAAUACAUGUACUUGGUUUUGAGAUUUAUGUGGGAGGCUAUACAUGUAGGAGGUAAUACGCAAGAGACUGGGAAAUGAGAUAUAAAUAGUGAGCCUGUAUAGAGAGGAGAUGUGAGAUAUGAUGUAAGUUGUGAUGAUGGCCUGUAUGAAUGACCCUGUAUGGAGGUGAGAUGUAAAUUGAGAUGUUAGCCUGUACAAAAAUAUGGUGUGAGAUGAAAGUGGUGAUGUAAUCAUGUUCAGAAAUUAGUUGCAGAAAUGUAGCUCUCCGAAAAAAUAUAUAUUGAUAGACCAGAGAGCUACAGUGCCACCCAUUGAAAAAAAUGUAUAUUUAUUGUGCACAAAAAAGUGCGCUGUUUCUGGAUUAAUUUUUCCAAAUUUUUACCUCAAUUGCAAAAAAGCUAGAUUUCAAUAAAGUCCUUACUCCCUAUCAAUUACUUUUGUAGUUUACAUCUGUACGAAGCGCGUUGGACCGAAUUAUCUUGCAAACCAAAAUGGCAGUAUAAAUAGGCGAAAUUUUCGAUGAUCUCAAUUUACGGACCAGGAGGGCUAUUAAAAACAAUUAUAAGGAAUGUUUUGUUGUGGAAACAGUGAAAGAAUAUGUUAGGAACACACGGUUAGUAAUAUUUCGAAACGACAUUUUUAAAAACAUAGAGAAAUAAAUCGAAAAUCAGCGCACUUUUCUAUGCGCAAUAAAUAUACAGUUUUUUCAAUGGGUGGCACUGUAGCUCUCCGGUCUAUCAAUAUAUUUUUUUUUUUGGAGAGCUACAGUUCUGCAGCUAGUUCAGAAAUAUGAGAUGAGAAGUGAGAUGCGAUUGGAGCCUUUGUAGAGAUGAGAUGUGAGAUAGGACUUGAGUCUGUAAUGAGAUAAGAUUUGUUUUUGAUUUGAGCCUGUACAGAUAUGAGAUAUGAUGUAAGUCUAUAUAGAGAUGAGGUGUGAGUGAUAUGAGCUUAUACAGAAAUAUGAAAUAGAGAAUUUAUAUGUGUGUAACAAAACUUGUACAGACCUGAAAUAUUAUAUUGAAGUUGAUUAUAAAACUGAUAUUUUUAAAUUGUUGCUUAGUAUUUGGUGUGAAGUUUGGGGAAAAUCCCCCUCCCGUUUGGCCUUCCUGAAAGAAAAGAAAAAUUUAUAAAAAAUUAAAAACAAUUUAAAAAAUUAUUAAAGACGAAAAUUAUGAUGAG